AUGAGCCGCCAAUUUUGCCAUCAGCUUUUCCUCUUUCAACUAUGCACGAUUACAGUAUCUACAGUAUCCUGGGUCAAGAUUACGAAGCCCAACCUUAUAUGGGAGGAAUUGAGCGUGAAUUCCGAUGGCGAGCGACUAUUCCAUUGCGGCGAGUUCGAUUCGACAUUCACUGGCCGUUAUCAUUGGCGAUUUAAUGGCUCGUCGAUAUUACCGGAGCGCACACAAAUACACCGAAAUCGUUUCGUAUUUUUGCGCGGCGCCAACGCGAUUCGAAACUCGCUGACCGGCGAAUACGAGUGUUGCGUACGCGAGACAUUGGGCAACGCGUGCUAUUCGCGGCAAUUGAUUGUCAGAGAUAAAUCGUCCACUCAAAAUGUCGAUUUGUCAAAUAUUGAUCGUUUGGAAGCCGAAUUUGGCAACACCUACUAUUUGAGGCUCGCCGACGUCAAACGCGUUGAAGGUGUGAAAUGCACACUCAACGGGCGGCCAUAUGAGAAUUUCAAGUAUCCGUUUAUUGCGACCAAUUCGAAAAAAUCGGUGGCGUAUCACGUGAAAAUCGACAAUUUGGACGCACGUUUCAAAUUCGCAUCGACGGCGCGCAAUUCUCGCCAACGGCGCCGCUCAAUGCCUCAUUUUUGGCAGCGAUUCUAG